UUUUUUCCAGCGAGGGAGAGAGAGAGAGUGCGCGGGAGAGAAGGAAUGUGUGUGUGUGUGUGUGUGUGUGUGUGUGACGGUCUCGCGGCAGCAGGAUGAAGCUCCUCGAGCGCGUCUGUAGCUCAUUUCUGUGCGUCUCUCGGCUCGUUUUGCUCUCGUGAUUCCGGAUGAAGCAGAAGAUGAAACGACACUGACACAGCGGGACUGCUGUCACCAUCACUUUCAUCAUCAUCUUCACCACCAUCAUCAUCAUCAUCAUCAUCUUCAUCAUCAUCUCUCAGUGGUUAGCGGGUGGUGGAUUGUCUCUGAAAUCUCUCUCUAGGACUCUGAUCGAUUCGGUUUGUUUCGGAGUCGGUGUGAAUGUGUGUGUGAUGUAAUCGCGCGGUUCUGACGUCAUGUUCGUCUCCGUUUGGUACGCAAAGAAGAUGGGCCGAAGAUUCAUCAGCAACGUGCGCAAAGCUAAGAGACACAGACAGAGAAUGAUGAUGAACGGGAUGGACGGAGACGUUGAAUAUGAGGAGAUCACACUGGAGAGGGGUAACUCUGGUCUGGGCUUCAGUAUAGCCGGUGGGACUGAUAACCCUCACAUAGGAGACGAUCCCAGUAUCUUCAUCACUAAGAUCAUACCAGGCGGAGCCGCAGCACAGGACUGCCGGCUGAGGGUGAACGACAGUAUUCUCUUUGUGAAUGACGUGGAUGUGCGUGAAGUCACUCACAGUUUCGCGGUGGAGGCGCUGAAGGAGGCGGGGCCGAUCGUCCGGCUCUACGUGCUGCGACACAAACCGUCCGCGGAGAGAAUCACAGAGCUGAAACUCAUCAAGGGUCCUAAAGGUCUGGGCUUCAGCAUUGCGGGCGGCGUCGGGAACCAGCACGUCCCGGGAGACAACAGCAUCUACGUCACCAAGAUCAUCGAAGGCGGAGCAGCGCAUAAAGACGGACGGCUGCAGAUUGGGGACAAAAUUCUCGCUGUGAAUAACAUGUAUCUAGAGGACGUGAUGCAUGAAGACGCUGUAGCGGCGCUGAAAAACACAGGGGAGGUUGUUUAUCUGAGAGUAGCCAAAACUCUUCAUCUUCAUCAUCAAGACGCCUACAACCCUCCUGACAUCACCAGCUCCUAUCCUCCUCAUAUGGACAUGUCUGAUUACCCACAAGCCCUCAGUCCCUCGUCUCCACGCCGUUACUCGCCUAUCCCUAAAGGCCUGCUGCUGGGAGACGAGGACAUUCCCAGGGAGCCGCGGCGUGUGGUCAUUCUCAGAGGCUCCACCGGAUUGGGCUUCAAUAUCGUGGGCGGUGAGGAUGGUGAGGGGAUCUUCAUCUCCUUCAUCUUAGCGGGAGGAGCAGCUGAUCUGAGUGGAGAGCUGAAGAAAGGAGAUCAGAUCCUGAGUGUGAACGGCGUGGAUCUGCGUCACGCGACACACGAGCAGGCGGCAGCGGCGCUGAAGAACGCAGGACAGACGGUCACCAUCAUCACGCAGUACAGGCCCGAGGAGUACAGCCGGUUCGAAGCGAAGAUUCAUGACCUGCGUGAGCAGCUGAUGAACAGCAGUUUAGUUUCUGCAGCGGCGUCAUUACGGAGCGGAAAGAGAAGCUUCUUCAUCAGGGCUCUGUUUGACUACGAUAAAACGGCAGACUGUGGCUUCCUGUCGCAGGCUGUGAGCUUCAGGUUUGGGGAUAUUCUGCAAGUGUUUGACUGCAGUGAUGAGGAAUGGUGGCAGGCCGGAAAACUGUCUCCACACGGAGAACUGGAGGAGACCGGAUACAUACCCAGCAAGAGGAGGGUGGAGAGGAAGGAAUGGUCCCGUCUGAAGACUCGUGGCAGAGAAGCCGUCAGCGGACGCAGCGAUUACAUCGUGAGCUAUGAGACGGUGAUUCAGACUGAAGUGCACUACGCACGUCCAGUCAUUAUCCUCGGGCCGAGCAAAGAUCGCGUCAAUGACGAUCUCCUCUCCGAGUUCCCGGACAAGUUUGGCUCCUGUGUCCCGCACACGACGCGGCCGAAGCGCGAGUACGAGAUGGACGGGCGUGACUACCACUUUGUGUCGUCACGGGAACAGAUGGAGAAAGACAUUCAGAGUCACCGAUUCAUCGAGGCCGGACAGUACAACAGCCACCUGUACGGAACCAGUGUCCAGAGCGUCAGACAGGUGGCUGAACAGCAAGGGAAACACUGUAUCUUGGAUGUUUCGGCGAAUGCAGUGAGGAGGUUACAAGCCGCACAACUUCACCCCAUCGCCAUCUUUAUAAGACCCUCGUCCCUGCAGAACAUACUAGACAUUAACAAGCGUCUGACGGAGGAACAGGCCCGAAGAGCUUUAGACAGAGCCGUCAAACUGGAGCAGGACUUCAUCGAGUGUUUCUCAGCGAUCGUGGAGGGCGACAGCUUCGAGGAGAUCUACCACCGCGUGAAGUCCGUGAUCGAGGAACAGUCCGGGCCGUACAUCUGGAUCCCGGCGCGAGAGAGACUGUAAAACACACGUGUGUGAAGGUCAGUUCACAGCGUCCGGCGUGUCGAAGCUCCCGUCACCAGAUGAUCUUCAGAUUCACGCCAGCAGCUCAUUGACAUGUAAAUAUGCAUCAGAUAAUAUUUCAGUCACGCUGGUUUCUAUGGAGUGGGCGGGACGCUUACCUCAUCGCCAUGGCAACGGUUCAUCGUCGGGUCGGACGGCUGAAACAGCGACAGAGCGAAAACACGUGUGUGAACUAGCCUUAAUGUGUGUGUGUGUGUGUGUGUGUGUGUGAGCCGCUGCUACCGAUGAUGAUGAUGAAGAAGAUGAAGGUGUUUAUGUGGGUGGUUUCCAUGGCGAUUGUGAGCUCAGUGAGUGUAACACAAUGUCUGAGGCAAUAUAGACAUGAGACAUGAGCACUGAGCACUUUACUAACACACACACACACACACACACACUGAACACUGAAUGCGUGUGUGUCUCAUUGUGAAGUGUCUCUAUAGGGCUACUGUUUACAUAUAAUACACACUUUAAACUGCACAGGGAGAGAAACACGUGUGUGUGAGUGUGUGUGUGUGUGUGUGUGUGUGUGUGUGUGUGAGAGAGAUUCAGAGCAUUAGAUUAGAUUCAUUCAGUCACAGAGAGGCUGCAGUGAUUUGUAAAUCAUUUAAUGAUUAUUAUGUGUGUGUGUUGAUGAGUAUUAUUAUUAUUAAUAUUAUUAAUAUUCUACAGCUGUACAUACAGAUUCAGAUUAUCUGAACCAAUGGGGCUUUAAACACAUGAACACUGCACUUCUCUGAGCCAAAACUACCCACAAUCCAUACAAACAUCACGCUGUAAGCUACAGCGACCCAUAAUGCACUGCGCUCAGUCUACAACAUUCAACCAAAGUGUUUUCUGCUUUAGUUUGUGUGAUUACGACGUUUGAGUUCGGUUUCUCAUUUCAGACUCAUUUUCACAAACUUAUAGACGCAUUUAAACUGGCGACAGCCGCUCUGUAUAAUGUGAAAUAAAUGGAUUAAUAAAUAUAUUUCCUGUUGUAAACUAGCUAAAAUCCUGAGAUGACGAUUCAUUAAACUGUUUUAAUAAUU